AGUAGACUUAAGAUAGAAAAGAUGAUUUGUUUACAUAUAUAACUGAUCUUUUUAAAAAAAUAGGCUGGUGGAGCAGUACUUCCAACAUUAUUUAUAAAUUAACACUCCCUUUCAAAAUGUUUGCCUUUUUCAUAUGAGAACAUCAGUACCCUUUAUUGUAUUUUCCCUUUUGUGUGUUAGUACAUAAAUCAAAGUUAGUAAAGCAGCUUCUCUAAUUACAAUUAAUAAUUGAUUAGAAAAUUUCAGUAUUGAGUAUGAAUCUAUUAAAGUUGGAACAGCUCUAUUCAAGUUGAGAACUAAAAGCCCAAGACAUUUCUGAAGAAAUGUUUAAUUUCUCUCAUUUAACAUAGUUGGAAUGUUGAAAGCUUUAAUGAAUGUUUUUAUUUUACCUUUUCUAAGGGACUCGGGUUUAAGAUGUUAUUCACCAUAAAUAAAUAUUUGAUUCCCUGCUGCAUGUUCAGAUUCCUGGGUAGGGACGUAGCAAAUGAAAUUGGUUUGGUCCUCAUUGCUAAUGUAGUUUCAAGAUGUAGCCAUGAAAGCAAGUUAGAAUACUGUGAUAUAGGGUAAUUUUCCCUGCCAUUGAAUUUCCCCCCUUCAUGUGUUCAUUCUCAGAAAGAAUGAUGUUGCCAUAUCUUUUCUUAAAUUUUCUAGCAUGCUAUACCUAAUACUUGGUUAACCCUUGAUGCUUGUUUGAGUAGCAUAUAGUAUUGCCUAAGUCAGUAUUUGGAGUUUUACUUACCCUUUUCGAUUAAUGGAAUUGCAGCAGGAUUAAUAAAUAUGUAAGCCAUAAAGUAUAUAUAAUGAACAAAUGUUGAAAAUUAUUUUUUCACAGGAAAAAGUGUGCUUUUACAGCUUGGGAAAGGAGGCUGAUUUAGAAUCCUUGGGUUGAAAUUUUCAGUGAGAGUUAGGGUCAGAGUUUUUACUCUUGGAUUGCAAAAGACAUAGCACUAGAGUGGCAAUGGUAUUGUCCCAAGGACAAAUAAUAGUAUCAUGUUCCAAUGCUUUUUUUUUUAAACAUUUAAAAAAAGUGUAAAAUGGCUAUGAUGGAAAUAAUAUACAGGUUGGUAGACAAACCACUUGAGAUUUUACUUUUUACUUUAGGUAUAUGUUUUAGUCAUUAGCCAUCUUUAAACUUUUAUUUCCACAUCUUACUUUUCCCUUUUCUUCCUUAUAGUGGUUCUUUCUGGGUUUCCUUUGGGGCAUUUGAUUUUGAAUCAAGUUCAUAUGCUUAGGGAGCCUAAAUAACAUUAAUGCAUUUGUACUGUGGUAUCACUAAGUUCCAUUGUAAAAGACAUUUUGAUGAUUAUUCACAUAUUAAAUCUUUUGAGUGGUUAACUUUCUGAAUGCUUGCAUCAUGCCAAAAUAAAAUGCACUUGUUGCCAUAGCGUUAAAAAAGUUUAGUGGAAUACAACAAGCAAUAUUUCCUAAUAUUCCUGAAAAUUUGGGAAGAGCUAUGAAAGGAGGAUUGACUUUAGGCCAGUUGAAGUUUAUGAAAUUAAAAGAAUCAUGAGCUGUGUAAACAUGAUAAGCUUAUAGUUGUGUUUCUUAGUGCUCUAAGCCUCAUCCCAGUAUCGCUUUUCUGUAUCACUCAUGAAGGAAGCAUAAAAAAGUACUUUGCACCUACCACAUUCAUAAUCUGUGAAAUUUUUUAUCUACAGCAAAAAGCUGUCCAUCUUUGGAAUUAUUUUUCUUCAUUUCUUAUGAAUAGAAAUAAUUAUUUCUGGAAAAUUUAAGUGGGUGCUACAACUAGGCAUAAUCUGUCACAGAAAAGGAAGCGGCUAUGAUCCAGAGCAAACUCAAAACAUUUUUGUUUUAUUCUGCAUAGUGAAUGCAAAAAAAAAAAAAAGAGAGAGACUUAAAACCCAGUUUUUAAAAGGGAGAGUUCCUCUCAGAUUAUGUUUAUUGCUUUAGGGUCAUAUGCAAGUAUUUUGAUAUUGGAAUUCUAGUGAGAUUCACUUUCUUAGUAUAGAUGCUCUUCAGAAUUACUUUACAUUUAUAAAAAUGUGAAUACUAGUAGCUAUAAGAUCUGGGACAGAUCAACCAACCUGGUUCAGCUUCUUCAGUGUAUACAAGUAUAUAGCUGAGAGAACUGAGGCAAAAAGAUUAUCUUGCGUCUCUUCCUGCUAUGCCAUUCUAAAAUGUAUAAUAUUAAAUUAAGUGGGUAAAUAUAGCCCUCUAGUGGUUCUGUGAUGUGCUUACACUGUUAACUGUGGCACAUCUAGCAUUUCUCUAAAUUACUGAUUUUUAAGAAAUUCCCUAUUGAAAAGGAUCAGAUUUCUUUAAUAUUACAUGACAUAACGAACAUGAAGGGAAAAGGUGGUAGAGAUUCUAACAAUAAAUGUCCAUGCCAGAUUGUCACUCACCUAACCCACUUUUUGAAUUAUAACAAGAUAAUCCAGAAUAUUAGAAUUGCCCUGUACCUAGCAAGGUGGAUGACUGAAUCUAGAUACUUCAAUAGGUAUAUGCUGUGAUUAUUACCAGAAAAUUAUGCAUAUCAAAGUGUAAGAUAAAUUAACUGAGGUGGAUUGUGAAAUAGAUCAUGCUGUAUCCAUGCUUUGAAAUAUAUAGCUAUUACUUAGAUUUAGGUUUAUUGACCUGGAAUUUAUGGUUUGGCUUUAGGGUAGAACAAAUUACAGAAUGAUUUUAUGUAUACAUAUCUCCUCAUUUUUUAAAAGAAUAGAAGUGAAAAGAAAGUAGAGGAAACCUCUGUUAUAUGAAUAUAUGUUGUAUAAGCAAAGAAAAGCAGAAAGAAUGUACACCAGACAAUAUUAUAGCCUUUAGGGAAGUGAGAUUUGGAAGGAUGGGGGCGAUUAACUUCUUUACUUAUCUCUAAUUUAAAUUGUUAUGGGAAAAAACAGAAGGGACCGAAAUAGAAAACUUGAAAGGGUCAACAGAAAACAGGGACCUUAAUCUGAAUAGUUUUGGAGGGCUAAGGCUGGCUUUUAAUAUCAGAACUGAUUUCCAGUAGAAAUCAGUUAAAUGAGGUCCUGCACUGAUUUUCUGAGUUUGUUUAUUGUUUAAAUGGGAUGUGUGCACUUGAAAAGCUCCUUAGAUAUAAGGCUGAUUCCCAAACUAGUUAAAAUAUGUGGUGCUUGGUAUUUCUCUUCAUUUUGCUAAUAAGCUUUUCCCUUGUUCUGGGAAUUAAAAUCCUUUCCUCUUUAGCCCAAUUAAAUUUGUUACGGGAGGGCCUCUAUUAAAAGGCCCUUCUUUGAGGUCUUUAAGUGGAAAUGAUUGGUUCUGAAAAUUCUUCCCUCAGUGGCUUUUAAAACAUUUCAUAGAUACUGAAGGCUCAUUAUGAAGGCUCUCUCAAUAUCUCCCCUCCGAAAUGCUAAUGAAUAAUUUAGGCAACAGUUCAGACUCUAAAAAUGAACAUGGCUCGGUCUUUUCACAGGCUGAACACAAUAUUGUUGCAGCUUACUUGAUCACAGCAGGUGUGAUAAGUAUUCUCAGCAACAUAAUAGUUUUGGGCAUCUUCGUUAAGUACAAGGAGCUUCGGACACCCACAAAUGCAAUUAUCAUUAACCUGGCUGUUACUGAUAUAGGGGUCAGUAGCAUUGGCUAUCCCAUGUCUGCUGCUUCAGAUCUGUAUGGAAGUUGGAAAUUUGGAUAUGCAGGAUGUCAGAUUUAUGCUGGCUUGAAUAUCUUUUUUGGAAUGGCAAGUAUUGGAUUGCUCACUGUUGUGGCCAUGGAUCGAUACCUGACCAUUUGCCGUCCUGAUGCAGGAAGAAGAAUGACCACAAACACUUACAUCAGCAUGAUUCUGGGGGCCUGGAUCAAUGGCCUCUUUUGGGCUUCAAUGCCUAUCAUUGGGUGGGCUGGUUACGCCCCAGAUCCUACUGGGGCCACCUGCACCAUAAACUGGCGGCAAAAUGAUGUAUCUUUUGUUUCUUAUACCAUGAUGGUGGUUGCAAUCAAUUUUAUUGUGCCCUUGAUAGUGAUGUUUUACUGCUAUUACCAUGUCACUCGAUCCAUUAAAUGUCGUGCAACUAGUAACUGCACUGAGUACCUCAACAGAGAUUGGUCAGAUCAGGUAGAUGUAACAAAGAUGUCUGUGAUAAUGAUACUCAUGUUUCUGCUGGCGUGGUCCCCUUAUUCCAUCGUGUGCUUAUGGGCUUCCUUUGGUGACCCAAAGAAGAUUCCUCCCUCCAUGGCCAUCAUAGCUCCACUGUUUGCAAAAUCUUCUACCUUCUACAAUCCCUGUAUUUAUGUGAUUGCUAAUAAAAAGUUUCGGAGGGCGAUGCUUGCCAUGUUCAAAUGUCAGACUCACCAAGCAAUGCCCAUGACAAGUAUUUUACCAAUGGAUGUACCUCAAAACCCGUUGACUCCUGGAAGACUCUGAAAUAAGAGGAAAGCACACAUUAUCAAAACAUUUUCUUUCCUUUUUUUUUUUUUUUUUGCAAUGGUUUAAUUUCAUUUUAAAUAUGAGCCAAUUUUGAUCAAAU